AUGGAUUACUCUUCGCACCAGCCUCAGCAAGGGUACGAUCCUUCAGCUCAACCCCAGCAAUUCUACACUCAAUCCGUGGAGGGUUAUUACCCCUACGCCUACCCAAACCCUCAGUACGUCAGCAAUCAGCCGUACCCGUAUCCCGCCGUGGAUGUACAAUCUUCAGAGUACGUACAACAAGAGCCUACUCCGCCCGGCGUCUCUUUUCAGCAGGCGCAGCCGAUGCAUGAUCCGAAUUCUUACAACCAAAGCCUCGAUUAUGGAUCGGCCGCUUAUGCCGCUGGCGGCUAUACAUUUGGCCCCCAACAUGGGGGAGUGGAUGCUGGUGCUGCCAUGGCAAAUCAACAGGUGGUUCAUCAACUGAUUGUACCUCCUUACAUUGGUCCUAGCACCAUCAGUGGUUCUGGCCCCCCACCGCAAGUUGACCAAACCCAUGCCGGGCCUAUACCAAACUUCUCGGCCCGCCCAAAUCGCGGACGGGGCCGUGGACGCGGCCGUGGCCAAACAUUUGCUCGAGGUGGGCCCCGCAUCCAACUUGGGCAACCUCGGCACCCGCAAAUGCCUCAACACCUGUGGUGUGAACUCUGCAAAGUCGAAUGCAACAGCGUUGAGAUCCUAAACCGGCACUUGAGUGGGAAAAAGCACUUGAAAAAAUUGAAAAAUUUUCAAGAGUCGCAAAAUCUUAGUAGCGUGAUGGCAGGCGGACGGAAUGAACAUACAUAUGUUCCUCCCGAAGUCCCUUCUCAGACCAAUCAAAUGGAGGCAUCUGCAGAUCAGCAGCUUCAGCUGGAGAGUUUGCCUUCUCAACCUAUCAAUCAAGGAAAGGCGGAGGAGGUGAAAAAACCCUUCUGGUGUGAACUCUGCAAGGCUGAUUGCAAUACCCUUGAAGUUCUCAAUAAGCAUCUAAUUGGGAAGAAACACCAGAAGAACUUAAAAACAUUCAACAAAACUCAGACUGUUGUACAAACUGGACAGGCAUCUCAGACCGAGCCCCCCGAGAACCAAUUGCCUUCUCAAGAUAACUGCCCAGAAAACUAUACCCAAGUCGAAAAACAAAAACUUCAAGAAUCGGAAACUAUUGCAGAAGCUGGAAAAAAUGUGACAACUGACUUCUCCGGAAAUGUACGCGGGCUCAAACGCAAGAUGAGGGGUGGGAAAAACGGUCGGAUCACGAAAAGGAGGCCCGUGGAACCUCCAAGGCCCAAAGAAGUUAUCCCGUUGGUUUGUGAGCUGUGCAACGUGAAGUGUGAGUCUCAGGUCGGCUUCCAGAGCCACCUGGUGGGAAAGAAGCACUUAGCCAACGCCAAGCGGUUUCUGAGUGAAAACAAGACGCUCGGUCAGGAAGUGUUUCAGAUACUGAGGCAUGCAAUCCAAACGCUGCACGAGCAAAAUGCCGUGGCCUCCACUUCUGUGGCUUCCCAGCUCAAUCCGCAGGGAUCGAUAGCUCAGCCGGUGGAAGCUUCAUCUUUGUUGGAAAAUAACUUGGAGGGUGCUGAGGGAAUACCAGGUGAGGGACGUGCACGUGCAGAAGGCGAAAUGGAGAUUGUGACUAAAGAUGCCAAUAAUGCGGUUACACUUUCGUGCGAAACAAACACAGGAUGA